CAGGCAGCCCUAGUUCAAGCAGAGUUGUAAAUAGUAAAUAAAUAAAAUCAUUUUGUUAUUUUUUUUGGUGUUUGUUUAAGAACAAAUAAAUGGAUGACGUUGAGUUGAUUCGAUUAAUAGAGAAGUAUCCAAUACUUUAUGAUAAAGACAGUGCACGCAGUGCCAAGAAUGCUGCCAACAAAGAUGCUGCCUGGAAAACCAUUUCCAUAAAAUUGGGAGCCAGCGAACGAGCCUGCAUAACCCGCUGGAAGAGCAUUCGAGAUCGCUUUGGCAAGGAGUUUCGUCGAUUCCAGGAGAAUCCCGAUAGUCCUACCUAUUGGGAUAUGUUUCCACGACUGCUCUUUCUCAAGGAUCACUACAAACAUGGUUUGGUUAAACAUGAGAAUUUGGAUGCGAUGAAAUUUGAGCCGCGACAUCGAAAGCCGCGACGAACGCGUCUGGAGGAUCAGGAGAAGAAGCAGCGGACGGAUGAUUAUGUAGAGAAUGCCGAGGAUAUUGAGCUAUGCCAGCACCUCAUUGAGCUUGUCAAACUACAUCCCGUGCUCUAUGAUAGGCAUAAAAUUAGAAUCUCCAAGAAUUUGUCGGCCAAAAAUGAAGCCUGGCGAGCGAUCUCGGAGAGCCUGAGUGUUUCAGAGGAACUCUGUUAUAACCGCUGGAAAAAACUGCGCGAUCGCUUUGCACGUGAAUAUCGAAAUCAUCAGAUCAAUCAAUCAGCGCCAAUCACCUGGAGAUAUUUCAAUGAUUUGCUCUUUCUGGGUCGGCACUUUCGCAAGGGAGUGCCUCUGAUCAUCGAGAACAUCAAGAAACGGGGCAGGCCGCCAAAAGUUGCUCAGGGCCAAACGGAGCAGAGAGUCACAAAUCUCAUUUGGGGCGCAGAUUAUCCUUAUAGCACAGAUAACGACCAAGAUGAGGAACUGGAGGACGAGGGACUGGAGGAGGAUGAGGAACUGCAAUAUGAGCAUCAACAGGAUUUCGAGGUGUUAAGCGAGGCUGAGCACAAAGGACAUAUGGAUUUUGUGCUUGACGAGCAGGAUCUGUUGGAGCAAACCGAAUCUCUGGAGCCUGAGCAGCGGCAGCAGCAGCAGCUAGAAGAGGACCAGGAGGCGGGGCAGGAGGCAACACUGGGGGCAUCUCUGACAGACGCACCAUCAGCUGAUUCCUCAGCCUUGCUGCAAGAGGAUCCAGCCUUACCCACGGCUGAAAAGCUAAUGGGCACAGUUAUCUCAAAUAUGGAAACCGUGUUGCAACAGUCAAAGGAUUGCCUUCAAGCUUUGCAACAGGCAGUAAACAACACUCCCGCCCAGACAUCAAAAAGCCUGUUAAGCAAAGUGCAAAUGCUACUGGAUGGGCUGGAUGUGGAGCAGCGAAGGCAGGCGGAACGUAAAAUUGUGCAUUUUCUCUGCGAAUGUCAGAUAAAAACGCUGGAUGGCCAGGAAAUUGAGGAUGUGGCGCCCUGCCACAUAUUCAAUUAAUAUAAUAGCAUUUAAGGAUUAGUGCGUUAACAAAAAGAAGUAUGCCCAAUUGUAUAUUAAAUAAAGUUUAUUAUAUU